AUGCCGCCUUCCGGAUGGGCAUUGCUCCAGGAAACCAUACGCGCUGAACUAGAACUGCUGCCUGACCGCCCAACGCCUUCACAGAUACUUCCACCGCCCAAACAAGCUGCCGCGUCUCCAUUUGAUAAUUCAACGAAGUCAGCCUCUAGCUGUACUCGAGUUCCCGAUUGCUCCCUGGCACGCGGUGAACUGGCACCCCUCAAUCAGACAUUCUGUCCCAUCUUACUGUUCAGCAAAUUUCCAUAUUGGUUCAUUUCCAGAGAGUUUUCGGAGCGCGUCGCGGACGCUUUCUUCAACGGCGGUAAGUUUUGGGAGAGGACUUGGGACUUGUACUACUUCUGGGCACCGGAAGCGGCGAAGCCUCUAUUCUUCAUCACCGAACUUCAAGCUCAGCUACUGAUCAACGAGAUCAACGAAAAAUUCAAGGAUACUGGACUACAAGUAGUCUUGAGUGCCUCACAACGCCGCGAGAGUGGUCUGAUCAUCGACUUCUAUGAGCCUCAUCCACAUCUUCGACCACGUUACCUAGGUCGAUCCCACACUCGCGACGAGAACCAAAAUAUGACGAUCAAUGCGCCCUCGGCGACCUUCCGACCACGUCAUGAGGCUGAAGUCAGCCCUCCAGAUGACAAUGAGUUGGAAGCAUUCAAGGAGUGGUAUGAAGAACAGGCGCAGAAGCAGAAGAGCAAGAGCAAGACCCUGAAAGCUAAGAAGAAGGAGGAGCGCAUCAUCAUUCAGAAGGGUUGUGUCAAACAGCUCAAGCGCACUCAGCGCUAUCUUGGACUCAGGCCGAAGAAGCCUAUCCAGCCACUUCAUGAUCCAGCUCUGUCAAGUUUCACGCCUGCUGAGCGCGAAGCUGCACAAGCCCAAUGGGAAAUUGAUACCUUCAUACCUCCACUCAAUGUACUCGAACCAACUCCCUAUGAUUUCGAGAACUCUGUUGUUUUCAUCGCCAUCGACGUUGAAGCUUGGGAACGCAACCACAAGGUCAUUACCGAGGUCGGAGUAUCCACUCUUGACACGAUGGACCUGAUCAACGUAGCGCCCGGCAAAGACGGCGAAGAAUGGCGCAAGAAGAUACGCACGCGACAUAUAUGGAUCAAGGAGAACAUGCAUCUGCGCAACCAGGACUUUGUACAUGGAUGCCCCGAGCGCUUCGAAUUCGGCACAUCCGAGCAAAUCACCAUGAAUGAAGCCCGCCGCGAGAUCGCAGCUUGCUUCCGCCCACCAUACAGCUCUACCACGCGGCCAGAUUCGACAAUUGAACGUAACAUCAUCGUCGUCGGCCACGAUCCCAACCAAGACAUCCGCUACCUAGCCUCUAUGGGCAGCAACCCACUCGACAACCGCGCCAACAUCCUCGAGAUCCUCGACACCGCAACCGUAUACAAGACCUGGAAGCGCGAGACCCAAAGCACAUCCCUCGGCUCCAUCCUCUACAACUUCGGCAUCGUCGGCUGGAACCUGCACAACGCAGGCAACGACGCCCACUACACAAUGGAAGCACUCGUCGCCAUGGCCGUGCGCGAAGCCACCCUCCACGGCACUAAAGCCCUCGAGCAACAGCGCGACCUGGAAAAAGCGACCAAAAUCCUCGAGGCAACUACCUUGGCCGCAGUAGAAGCAGAGGAGAGGCUCGAGGGCUGGAGCUCUGCGGGCGAGGAUGGUGGGGGCGGUCGAGGCGCUCGUCGUGGUGGCGGUCCACCACGUACCAGAGGCUUCAGCCAGCAGCAGGGCAGUCAGCGUACUGAUUCGGAACAGAUGGUGAAGCCUGGAUAUAUGGCGUCGACAUCGCAGGAGCAGGACUGGUCAGGUCUUAAUGCUGCCAUGACCAGCCCGCGCCCGAACGAGCGUAGUUAG